AUGCCUGUCACUAUCUUCCCAUGUCAGUGGCCCGCAUCCCUCCAAUCGUCACGAUAUGCUAGAUCGGACGAGCUGUACAUCGACUGCAUGGACGCGUUAGAAGGAGGCGCGUUACUGUCGGACGAGGACCUCGAUGCCGUGGAGGACGCGCUUCAAGACGCCUUCAUUCAGGCGGACCAGCGGCUGCUGCAGUGGUUGGAGGAGCACAGUGAGGAGCCCGAGUCCGGGUCCACAGGCACGGUGGCGUUUGUGCGCAAGGACCGCCUCUUCAUCGCUCACCUGGGGGACUCCCGCGCGGUGCUGGGGGUGGGUGGAGACACGGAGGACUUGUCUCAGGACCACAAGCCCCAUGGGGAGUCACCGAUUGCCAAGGCAGAGAUCAAGCGGAUUGAGAAGGCAGGCGGAUGGGUGAGUCAAGGCCGCGUGUGCGGAGUGGUGGCAGUUUCCCGUGCCUUUGGCAACGCCAACUUCAAGACACGCCGCGAACAGAUGUUAUCAGAGGGCGUGAAGAAGGGGCGUUGGACAACCCGCUUUGUUUCCAAGCGCUCGUUUCAGAGCGAUUGGAUCUCUGCAGUCCCGGACGUGUAUGCUGCUGAGCUGGCAGAUGAUGCGGAGUUUGUUAUUAUUGCGUCAGACGGGCUCUGGGAGGGCGUGAAAAGCUCGGAAGCUGUUGCGUUUGUUCGGAAGGAGCUGGAAAGCCAUGGUGACAUUCAACAAGCAACAGACAACCUAGCCAGUUUUGCCCUCGAGGGCACGGGAGCAGCGCCUUGUGCCUUAACACUGCACGCCUUUUCCUCUCUUUCCUUCCACUGCUCUUCUCCUUCUCAACGCCACAGAUCCCUGAAAGGGCACGGGAGCAGCGCCUUGUGCCUUAACACUGCACGCCUUUUCCUCUCUUUCCUUCCACUGCUCUUCUCCUUCUCAACGCCACAGAUCCCUGACAGGGCGCGGGAGCAGCGCCUUGCCAUCAUUCGCCUCGCCUGGUGGAGAGACGCCCUCACCCGCCUCUUCCAGGGCCAGCCCCCCGAGGACCAUCCAGUGCUGGUGGCGCUGGGGGCAGUGCAGGAGGUGACGGGCAUCACCAAGCCAUGGCUGAUGCGCGUCAUUGCUGCGCGGAUCGAGGACUUAGAGCGGUCGGCCUUCCCACCCAACACGAUAGCCGAUGUGGAACAGUACGCGGAGUCAACGUCCUCGGCGCUGCUCUACCUCUCCCUGCAGGCUGCUGGCAUCCACAGCGUGCAUGCCGACCAUGCUGCCUCCCACAUUGGCAAGGCGGAGGGCAUGGCUCUUCUGCUGCGGGGUGCAUCGUACCAUGCCGCACAGAGGCGCUCCCACAUUCCUCUAGAUGUCGCAGCAAAGGUGCGUUUCUGUGAUGACUAG